AUAGAUUAUAGAUAUAUAGAAGUGUUUCAAAAUAAUUUAUAUAUGGAGUGCUUAGAGCUUAGUGUUAUUAAUCCUUUCAAUUGCUCACCCCCUUUCCUCAGUUCUUGAUUCCUUUCCUUCUGCAAAACCCACUGUCAAUUACCCUAGCCCCCAUACCUUAUGCAGCACAAUUUCAUACUCAAAAUCACAAACCCCACAUAUGAAUUUGUUACAAAAAUCUCUACUCUCAACCCUAAAAUCCAUAGCCACCAAAAACCUUACUUUCCAUUACCACAAUCUUCAACAACACAGAACCAUAGUAAAAGUCCGUUUAAAAUGGGUGAAAAACAGAGGUUUAGACCACAUUAUCGAUGUCCAAACAGACCUUAAAGCAGCUUGUUUACUUAAAGAUGCUAUUGUCCGUUCACCAGUUGGUUAUCUUACUGCUAAGUCACUAACUGAUUCACAAAAACUUCUUGGACUUACUGUUCCUACACUUAGGUUCAUUAGAAGAUACCCUACUCUUUUUGAAGAGUUUCCUCACCCAAAGUAUCAAUCUUUGCCUUGUUUUAAGCUGACCCAUGUUGCUAAAAUUCUUCAUGAUCAAGAACUGAAGAUGUUUGAUGAUAAUCAGAGUGAUUUGGUUGUAACGGUUUCUAAAGUCCUUAUGAUGACAACUAACAGAAUGGUGGCGCUGCAAUCAUUACAUCCUUUGAAAUGGGAUUUGGGAUUGCCUGAUGAUUUUGAUAAGAAAUUAACUAAGGAAUUUCCAGAUCAUUUUAGGAUAGUUAAGGGAACAAACGGGUUGUCUUGCUUAAAGCUUAUUCAGUGGCCAGAAAAGUAUGCUGUUUCUGAGUUGCAAAAGAUGAAUGAUGAUAGCAGCUCUCCGGCGGGGUAUAGGGAAUUUAAAAGGGGCAAAGCUGCAUUGGAAUUCCCCAUGAAUUUCCCUAGGGGAUAUGGGGCACAGAAGAAGGUCAAGGCAUGGAUGGAUGAGUUUCAGAAGCUGCCUUACAUCUCACCUUAUGAAGAUUCAAGGGGAAUCGACCCCAAUAGUGAUCUUAUGGAAAAGAGAGUGGUUGGGGUUUUACACGAGUUCUUGAGCUUGACACUAUACAAGAAAACGAAGAGAAAUUACCUGAGAAAUCUGAGAGAGGAAUUAUACCUUCCACAUAGAUUUACUCGAAUAUUUACUAGGUAUCCAGGAAUAUUUUACCUCUCACUCAAGUGCAAGACAACGACUGUGGCAUUGAGAGAGGGGUACCGUCGUGGGAGACUUGUAAAUCCACAUCCUCUAACACGCCACAGGGAUAAGUUUCAUCAUGUUAUGAGGACUGGUUUAAUUUACCGAAGCAGAGGAGUGGACAUUUUGCCGCAGCUGGAGAAUGUGCCUGAUGAAGAAGAGAUUGAAUCGACUGAUGAAGAAGAGAUUGAAUCGAUUGAUGAAUGUGAUGGAACUUCUGAUGCAGAGACAGGUAGUGAUGAAGAUUAGCAUGCCUUCAACAAAGGGAAUUUCAUAGAGAGGAAGAUCUCUUGAGGAGCAAGCAUUUUAUGUGACUCUUGGUACCCUAUUAAGUGGAUCAGGAUGCAAAGAUAUCCCACAUUGCCAGAACAAGAAGUGGAACUGUUGGCUAUAAGUGAUACUUCCUGUCGGAAAAAUAUAAGAUAUCUACACCUUGUACUUUGUAGUAUAUACUAAGAUGAAAAAAUUCUUUUCUUUUCUGAAGCGGUAACAUAAGCAAAGAAAUACUCAUGAAUAAACUAUACUUUAUUCCUUCUCCAA